AUGGCGCAGCCUCAGCCGCAAACUCCACCGCCUACACCACUGCUUGUAACUUAUGGGUUCAAGCCAGUGUAUGAACGUUUUAGAAAACAAGCCCCACAAAACUUUGAAGGGAAAGCUCAUCCAAUAGUGGCAAAUGAUUGGUUAAGAUCGGUCGAGGCCAUUUUCGAUCAUAUGGAGUUGAAUGAUCGCCAAAGAGUCUCCUGUGCAGUUUAUUUACUUAAGAUGGAAGCACGGAUAUGGUGGGAUGUAAUUAAACAGACCCGUGACUUGAAUACCAUGACUUGGGUAGAAUUUGUCCAGACUUUUAACAAGAAGUAUUACAGGGCGGCCAUGCUAGCAACCAAGGUAGAUGAGUUUGUAACUCUGGUACAAGGAAACCUCUCUGUCAUUGAUUAUGCACAAAAGUUCGAUAGGUUGGAAAAAUUUUCUCCUGAAGUUGUGCCAACUGAAACUCUGCGAGUCCAAAGGUUCGUAAGGUGUAAUGCCCUGGAUAACCAAGACCGUUACACUGUGUCUUUUAAAUAG